UUUUCCUCCCAUAUCAGACGCUGAGAUACAAACAAUAUUCACACACUACCAUCAUCAUGCCUGCCGACCAGAUUGUCCAACAACAAAUCAAGGCUCCUGAGCCGAUGUCUGCUAGCACUGGCAACAUUGAGACCCAACAGCCAAAGCCAGUCCCAGCUAUGGGCGACGAGGUUGGUAUGCGUGGAGGAGAAUCAGCGAGCUGCGAAUGCUGUGGCUGCGGGUGUUCAGAGCGCUGCUGCUAGGCAACUCGAAAGAUAAGGAAGGGCAUUAUUGGUGCUGUAUGUACUGUAUGGUCGAGAGAACGAAUCAAGACGCUCGGCUCUAGCCGGCCCAGUAACGUCAGCUUCGCUUCCAGAUCAACAAUCUCAACCCACACUCUCCGCAAUCAGUGUACCCGUUGAUAUGCCUAUCCCAGUUGAAGAAGUAUCUUAUGUAAUUACCAUGAGCUUUAACACUACUGUACUAGCUUGAUGCCAGUAAGAACAUGCAAUUCCAAAUUAAGAGAGAUUUGUUCUGUUUCGAGAUGGGGGACGCAUGAAUUGGCAUAUUUAGCCUGGCC